AUGACGGUGACGAAUAGCGCCUUCCUAGACUUUGUUAUCGGGUUUGCCGUCUCGUUGAUCGCCUCGGUCAUGAACGCCGCAGGACUCAACUUGCUAAAACUCGACCACGUCCGCAAUAGCGCAUUACCAACAGAACGACAACGCAACGAGUGUGGGCGGCCCAUGUGGCAUAUCGGACUCUAUCUCUAUAUUUCCAGUCAGCUUGCUGGAAGUACUAUCGCGCUGAAUUUCUUAAAGACUCAAUGGGUAGCGCCUUUGGGAUCGAUUGCCUUGAUUUUCAACUUUGUGUUUGCCAAGAUCCUGGUCGGGACACAAAUCACACGGCAGGACGUCUACGGAACCAUCGUAGUCAUGGCCUCCGUCGUCUGGAUCGUCGUCUUUGGCGGCAUGAACUCGAGCGGCGAUAUGGAGGAGACUAUGACACUUACGGAUUUAAAGAUGCUCUUUGCCAGGAUCGUCUUUAUUAUCUACUUCUCGGUUCUCAACGGCAUCAUCUUUGCGUUCCUCGGAUUGGGAAUGUAUGCCUACUGGGCCAUCUCGCUCGACGACGAAUCGGGACAGCUGAGAAAGAACAUGAAAGCAAGGUUGACCCAGUUGCUUGGAACCAACCGCUUUGCAAGGGCUUCAGGAUUGACGCUGGAGGGCGAUGAAGGUCUUGCAGCCGAUGCAAGAGAUCAGAGGCUGAAGAAGGUGGUAGCCAUGAUCUUUUCGGCCUGUGGUGGACUCUUGGCCAGUGAGACGCUGUUGUUGGCCAAGAGUGGUGUCAAGUUGAUCACCUCAACCGUAGCUGGAGAUAACCAGUUCACGGACUAUCUCAGCUAUUUUAUCCUCUUUGUCCUCGUCUUUACCGCCAUCCUCCAGGUGUAUUGUCUUAACACGGGACUGAAGCUGUACGACUCUGUCUUGGUCGUGCCGACAUUCUAUGGAUUCUACACGUCGUUUGGACUCAUCAACUCGACCAUCUACCUGAAUCAAUUGGGCGACUAUGAACCUUGGGUCCUGCUCUUGGUUCUCCUUGGUAUCGGUGCUCUGAUUUAUGGUGUCAAGAUGCUCAGCGCACCCAAGCCUGACCCCAACUCGGUAGGGGACCCGCUCGCGUCCCUCGACAAUGUCUAUGACGACGAUGAUGAGGACUCGCAUGAGAUGGAGCAGAGAAGCAAGCACAACAAGGCUGGCGAAGCGGGCGACAGCAAGGGCGGCAGUAACAACGGCAACAUGGACAGUUCUAUGGGAAAGAAGUCCAAAAAGAUGGCGUCCCUCAAGAAGAAGAAGUCGGCCCGUCGUCAGAGCCAUCGUGGCAUGGAUGAGGAGAACGGGGAUGUGCCCUCGGUCUAUGGAAGCCAGCGCGGGAUGUUGGAUGAUGAGGGUAUGAGCACCUUCAGCGGGACCUCUCAUACAACACGAGGACGUGGAAACAGUUUCACCAGCAAGUCCAGUUUCCAGUCGGAUCCCUUCAGGACCCCCAAGGAUAACCGAUCGAUUCACGAAGGUUUUGCGGUUGGAAGAAACCGGAUGUCGCUUACUCAACAGGCACCUACACAUGUUUUGGUGGACACGACGGAGGACUUGGACGAUUCUGAGGAUGAUGAGAGGGGUAUCCGGAGACAGGCUGAGGCGGAUGCGGCGGAACGAGAAAAGAUGCGUCGACAGAGUGUUCUGCAGUCGUCCCUCAACACCCUGACGAUGCAUGAGAAGUCUCGCACGGAAUCCUCUCCCAACAACAACGGUCCACAACAGCCUCCCAGGAUUGAUACCUCGUCGUCCACUACUGCUGCUGAUGCAGGCAAGGCAACGAGACGACAGUCAAAGAGGAUGUCAACGGCGGCAGCGGCGGGUGUGAUGUCUCCUAGUCAGUUCCGGGCACAUUUCACUAAUGGACAGUUGCAGGAUGAUGAGGAGGAAGGUGCGGAUGAGCUCGGUGAGAUUUCGAGGAGUCAGAUGUCGUCGCUCUCUGCAGGAGCUGGACAUCCUGGACAAGCACAACAACAGCAAGGAGGCGCGAUAAGGGGUCACUCUGUGCGCUGGUCGACAGGGAGCUCCAAGAUUGAUCAGGUCUUUGAGGAUCUGAACCCUUUCAAGGUCCUCAAGCGGGACUCGUUUGUUGGAGGUGUUGAGAGCGCAAGGAGCAUAACGUCUGCAACCACAGCAACUGGAGUGGUAACGACAUCGUCGUCAGUCCCUUCAUCACCUCAUCCUGGAUCCUCUGGAAGUCGUCGUCCUGCUGGUCAGAGCCACGGUCGCCAGGAUUCGUUCUCGGGUCUGCCCUCCGAGUGGGAUGUGCCCGGCCGGAAGAAGCGGCACUCGAUGUUGUUUGGCGAGGCCGGUCGGUCUGCAUCUUCGUCUUCGAUCACUGGAGGUGAUGGAACAACUACACCACCUUCAGGAUCCUUGAGCCGGUCUAACUCGAUGAACAAUGGAUCUGGCUCUGGUGGACUCUUCUCGCCCGGUGAGAAGCUGAUCUCGAGCGCGAUGGGCGGUGACGGUGAGGCGGCACCGUCUCCAAGGACGUCGAGGAUCAUGUCAUCCCCUGAGAUCCAGUUGGGCGGUAUGGCUGCGACCUUUGCGGCCAUGGGAUAUCAACAGGAGGGGACUGGGGAUGUUGAAGGACGAUUCGUUGGACAGGAGUCUUUCUCUUCUUCUUCGACAACGGCAUACAAUCGUCAUUACUUUACGGGCACGCCUCAACAACAACCAACCGUUGCUGCUGGAGCUGCCACUGCGUCUUCGUCGGCUGGUCUGGCGUAA